CUGUUGCCUGGCAUUGUGUGAUGGCCUUCACUUAUUGUAUCAUUUGCUUUGAUAAAGCAGAUAUCUGUGUGAUAUCCAGUGCCCUUUCAAGUUUCUCUUUGCUAUUACAUUUACGACAGUAGGGCUGUGUAUGAACUUGCGAGAGCCAAUAAGCGUUGUUAAACUCGUUUACUGUCGCAAAUUACAACCGACUGCUUGCAGCUAAUAUAAAAUAAAAUUUAAAAAACGGUGGAAGAACAAAGGAUAGAAUCAUUACAGAGGGAAGAUAUAAAGGAAAGAAAUACUUUGAAAAAUUCUACGAAGAAAGAAGAGUAAAGCCUUGGUUCUAUAAGCAAGAAGAAGAAAAAGGAUUAAUAAACAUGAUCAACAAGCUCGGGGCAGAUCAUUACAAUUUGAAUAAGUCAUUAAGUAGAAAGAAUUACAUAGAUUGCCCGAGAUGUAAGUAUGGAGCGGAAAAAGAGGAUAUCCACCAUGUGGCGCUACGUGCAUUAAGUAUGACGAAGCUAGAGGGAGAAUGUAUGGUCAGUUAACCUCCAUGCCUCCAUCGGAGUAAAAUAUCUAUACGACAUAGAGAAUGGUUAAAAAAAUUAGAUAUUGAACCGCUAAGAAUUCUGUGGCAUUAUAUCAAACAUAUAGGAAAGAUAAUAUAAAGUACGGCAAGAAAUCCAAAAUUAGACAGAGAAAAAGUGCUAAAAUAGCCACUAUACAGAAGUAAGCGGAGGGCACACGAAAUAACAACAAAAAAAAAAACUGCCUUUUGAUAUUGGUUGUAAUACGCGGUAUCUAAUAAGUACUUUGCUUUUUCGAAAAAAUAGUCCUGUCAUUGACAUCGCGCAUCGCACGCGACGUAAAUCGCGCUAGUAUAUAGCUAGCUAAGAUAAUUAUAUAUUUUUCUCAUUCUAACCUAAUUUUUUGCACCAAUGCAGCUAGAAAGAACAGAUCUCUAUAUUUUAGUGUAAUGAACUCGCAAGUUACCGACGCUUUAUCGUUUUCGCAAAGGUAACUUAAUUCGUGUUACUUAACAAAGAAAAUACGGACAUGAAUGUCGCAUAUCCACAACAGAUUGUGACACAUUAAACUUAUAAAAAAAAAAUCAUUCAACAAAGAAUGACGGUCACGUCAAAAUCGCAUAAAAACCGUUAAUACAUGGUGAUUAGGGAUUAAUAAAAGAGAUGAGUGCCAAGAACGACACAAUGAUUGACAGUGACGAUAAGCUUACACCUUCAGAGAUUGACCAAAUUGCAGAAGAGACUACAGAAACUACAGAAAAGACAACUGAAAACCUUCCUUUGCCGCAUAGGUCCCAACAAAAAUAUUUGAAUACAUACCAGAAAUUUAUGGACUGGAAAGCUAAAAAAAAAUUUGAAUUACUAUCUGAAAAUGUAAUGUUGACAUAUUUUAAGGAAUUAUCGGACACUCGCCUACCACCGAGUUUAUGGUCAAUUUACUCGAUGUUAAAAAGAACUUUAAUCAUCAACGAUAAUAUUAACAUUAGUUGUUAUAAAAAGCUCCGUCGAUUUCUCAGUAAAGAAGCACAAGGAUUUCAACCCAAAAUAACAAAAGUUUUGACGACAAAACAAAUUAAAAAAUUUCUUGAUAAUGCUCCUGACCAUACAUAUUUAAGUAUAAAGGUAGUUAUGAUUUUUGGGAUUUGUGGUGCAUGUAGAAAAAGAGAACUGUCUAGAAUAACAAUUAAUGAUAUUGAAGACAAACAGAAUUUUGUGGUAAUUAAAAUUCAAGCAACAGAACAUGAUAAACCAAGAUCCUUUUUAAUUACUGAAGAAUUUUACAGUGUUUUUAAAAAAUAUUUUGCCUUAAGGCCAAAGAACGUACAAACUUCAAGAUUUUUCUUGACUUAUCGCAAUGGACAAUGCACUUCACAGCCGAUUGGAAUCAAUAAGUUUGGCAACAUGCCAACAAUUAUUGCAUCAUAUCUUAAACUACAAGAUCCUCAUUCUUACACUUUUCGCACCUUUCGUCGCACUUCCGCUGCACUAUUUGCAGAUUCUGACGUUAUAACAUUAAAACGAUGUGACAGCUGGAAAUCCAAAGUUACCGAAGAACAUGAGAAAGACUCUUUCGACUACAAAAUAGAAAUCUACGAUGAAAUCCCAAGUGCAAUAAUCAAUACACCUACUUCAACUUCAGAAGCAGAAAUGAAUACCAAAACCCCCAUAAAACUUGAAACUCUCGAAAAUGACAGCAAACUUACAUCUCCGAACAUUAUUCAAACAGCUGAGAAAACGACAGAAAAUCUUUUGCCAUCAAAAUCAAAAGAUAAAUAUUUAACUACAUACAACAAAUUCAUGAAUUGGAAAGCUAAAAAAAAAUUUGAAUCACUAUCUGAAAAUGUAAUGUUGACAUAUUUUAAGGAAUUAUCGGACACUCGCCUACCACCGAGUUUAUGGUCAAUUUACUCAAUGUUAAAAAGAACUUUAAUCAUCAACGAUAAUAUUAACAUUAGUUGUUAUAAAAAGCUCCGUCGAUUUCUCAGUAAAGAAGCACAAGGAUUUCAACCCAAAAUAACAAAAGUUUUGACAACAGAACAAAUUAAAAAAUUUCUUAAUAAUGCUCCUGAUCGUACAUAUUUAAGUAUAAAGGUAGCUAUGAUUCUUGGGAUUUGUGGUGCAUGUAGAAGAAGGGAACUAACUAGAAUAACAAUUAACGAUAUUGAAGACAAACAAAAGUUUGUGGUGGUUAGAAUUCCAGCAACAGAACAUGAUAAACCAAGAUCCUUUCUAAUUACUGAAGAAUUUUACAGUGUUUUUAAAAAAUAUUUUGCCUUAAGGCCAAAGAACGUACAAACUUCAAGAUUUUUCUUGACUUAUCGCAAUGGACAAUGCACUUCACAGCCGAUUGGAGUCAAUAAGUUUGGCAACAUGCCAACAAUCAUUGCAUCAUACCUUAAACUACAAGAUCCUCACUUGUACACUUUUCGCACCUUCCGUCGCACUUCCGCCGCAUUAUUUGCAGAUUCUGACAUUACAACGUUAAAACGAUGCGACAGCUGGAAAUCCAAUAAAGUUACUGAAGAACACGAGAGAGACUCUUUCGACUACAAAAUAGAAAUCUGCGACGAAAUUCCAAGUGCAAUAAUCAAUACACCUACUUCAACUUCAGAAGCAGAAAUGAAUACCAAAACUCCUAUAAAACUUGAAACUCUCGAAAAUGACAGCAAAUUUACAUCUCUGGACAUCUUUCAAACAGCUGAGAAAACGACAGAAAAUCUUUUGCCAUCAAAAUCAAAAGAUAAAUAUUUAACUACAUAUAACAAAUUCAUGAAUUGGAAAGCUAAAAAAAAAUUUGAAUCCCUAUCUGAAAAUAUAAUGUUGACAUAUUUUAUGGAAUUAUCAAACACUCAUGUGUCAUCAACUUUAUGGACAAUUUACUCGAUGCUAAGAAGCACUUUGAGUAUCAACAAUAAUAUUAACAUUAGUUAUUAUAAAAAAGUCCGUGCAUUUCUCAAAAAACAAGCAAUAGGAUUUCAAACCAAAAAGUCGAAAGUUUUGACGAUAGAACAAAUUAAAAAAUUUCUUGAUAAAGCUCCUGACCGUACAUAUUUAGUUACAAAGGUAGCUAUGAUUUUUGGGAUUUGUGGUGCGUGUAAAAGAGUAGAACUGACCAAAAUAACAAUUAAUGACAUUCAAGACAAAAAUAAUGUAAUGCGGAUUAAAAUUCCAAUCACAAAAAAUUACAAACCGAAUUACAGAUCUUUUGUAAUCAAGGAUGAAUUCUAUGAUAUUUGUAAAAAGUACAUUGCUUUAAGGCCACAGAACGUACAAACCUCAAGGUUUUUCUUGAAUUACCAACAUGGAAAAUGCACCGCACAGCCGAUUGGAAUUAAUAAAUUUGGCAGAAUGCCAAUGACUAUUGCAUCAUAUCUUAAAUUGCCAGAUUCUUCUUUGUAUACUGGCCAUGCCUUUCGUCGAACUUCUGCAACACUAUUGGCAGACUCUGGAGUUGACCUUACUACAAUAUUAAAGCAACAUAAUGGCUGGAAAUUCAAUAAAGUUACCAAAGAACACAAAGACUCUUUUGACCACAAAAAUGAAAGCUGCGACCAAAUCACAAAUACAACAAUUAAUACAUCUAUUUCAACUUUACAAGCACCAAAAACAUACUCAAAAUUAAAAAAUAACAUCAAUUCAUCAACAUCAGAAAACCACACACGACAGUUACUGAGGCGCUUGGCCGAACAAAUUCAAGAAAAUCAAGAAGGUCAAGAUCAAGAAGUUGAUCCAAUAAGUACAACAGUUUCAAAUGCACAAGCAUCUACAGACAGCAUGCCAAAAAUACGGAUGUAUUCACGCUCUGUUCUAAGCACUCGUCCAACCGACAUGACGUUAAAUUUGGAGUGUACAGAGGAGCCUCUGAGCGAAGCCCAGCAGAUGUCGAGAACAAAGCACAAAGAAGAUUAUGAUAAAGUUACAGCUAUCUUAGAAGAACUAGUUAAAGAUCAUGGAGGCAAAUUAAUAAGCCAAGUGGGAACCGUCAGUGGUUAUCAGUAUACAUUACCUACAGUGCCAACAACUGCAGCAGUAGUUCAAAAUAAUCCGCAGAUUUUAAAUGUUACUCAACAAAACAAGAAUUCAAUUAAAUUAAAUAUUGGUAACACAAGUGGAUCACAAGGGAAUAUUCAGCUAGUAGUUGAUCCACGUAUGGGAGUUAUUUUGGGACCUGUUACACAAACUCAAGGUACAACUACAACAACUACAUCUGUGGCAUCAACACCGGCACAACCUCAACAAGAAAAUUACAAGUAUACCAGAUCUGGACGUAGGACAAAAGUUUUUCAAGUGCAACAACCCGAUAUUAUAGAAGAGCCGGCACCGUCAGUUACUUGCAUGAAACCAAAAUCUGGCUCAACACAUAUUGCAGCAAAUAAGGUUACCAGUACUACUUCUCAGAGUGUGACGAAUGUCAGAAUAAAAACUAUUGCUAAAACAGUGUCGCCUCAGUCAACUGUUAAACCUACAGAACACACUAGUAUAGGAGGAAUAGCCAUCGGCAAGAAUUCAGCUAACGAACAGAUUGAUGAAAGCAAAAAAAACCAACCUGAUGGCAGAGAAUUUAUGUUUAACAAAACGACUGGUGGACGGACCUUCCCCUCCUUAGUUGUGGUAGCAAGACCAAAUUUACGUAACAAAGAUAUAACAUCGCCAGUUGCGCAAAAAGAAAGACAAGCAUUAGAUGCCAAAGUUAAGAGCGUGCUCAUGUUUUCUGCUACAAAAUUUGCGGAAUGGUUGAUACAACAGGGCUUAGUAAAAUCAGAACAAUAUUGUCUUCAGCAUGGUUCACAAUAUCAGAAACCUAAACUCAAGUUAGGAAUGUAUAGCGAUCAGGGAACAUUUCCCUAUUCUGGUGGUUACGUUUGGAUAUCCAAUUGUUGUCCUGACAGAUUCGUCUCAGUCUUUUCCGGUUCUAUUUUUCAAGGAGCUCAUUACACACCCACAGUCUUAUUAAAAUUGAUUUAUCAUUGGGCGUGUCAAACUAAUGUGCAAAACGUAAUAUCCUGGGUGAAAGUAUCCAAUAUAUAUUUAAAAAGCUUUUAUACAAAUAUACGUAGCAUUUGCACAGCAGCGGUAUGGGACAAAACUACUAAAAUGGGUGGUAAAAAUGUAAUCAUACAAGUCGGUGUAAUUAGUUUAGGGACAACUUCGCAAGAUGGACAUUUACGACAGGUGAAAGUUGAGGUUCUCGGGGUUCUGGAUCCUUCUACAUUGGAUAUACGAUUACGCGCCUGUGAACCAAUCCAGGAUGGAGAUAAAUCAUUUAAGAAACGGUUUAAUAAUAUUUUACAUCCAUUAAAAGAAUGGGUCCAUACAGACUCUAAAAUAAUGACAGACUUCACUGUCGAUAAAAGCACCUUGCACGAUAUGGGCUAUCACCACGUCAUGCAGUCUUCGUUUUCAGAACAGAGUCCUAGAAAUAUCAUGAGUAAUUACCAUAUCAUGGAAUAUCUUAGAAAAAUUGUACCGAGAAUGUUCCAGAAUACAUUAAGUUUACUUAGUAGACAAGUGAUACAACAAUUCUUAGACGAAUUAAUUUGGAGGGAAAUGUAUGGCGCUACAGCGGAACGUGCAUUUGACAACAUCAUUCGACAUAUUGCCGAGCAAACAAGAAUCGAUUCCAAUGAUUCUUUGUUAGAUCGCCUGUCGAAAAUAGCUCUCAAUCCGUUCAAAGAUUGGUCGUAUUCCAUGCUAUCUGAUUUAUCACUGAAAGAUACACCAUCAAAAGAUUCAACAUCGGUAACUGAUGUAAAAGCAUCGUCCCAAAAAACUUCCGAUAGCGCGCAGAUAAUUACCGUAAAACAAGGUGCGCGCCGAGGAAGGAAACGAAUUCAUCCUGUGGCAACUCCGGAACACGAAAUUAAAAGAAUAGCAAUUGAUCCUAAGAGUAAUAAAGAAAAAGAAGAUAAAAGUGAGAAAGAACAAAUCCAGCUUCAAGAAUUAUAUUAUGCUACAAUGGAAGGUGAUAAGAACCUGAUCUUAAAAGAAUCUAGGACUUCCUUACAUUUCAAGUGCUUCCUCUGCACAACAGUAAUGCGAUCUAAUACCGAAGUAAUGGAGCAUAUGGUUAGUCAUGUGCCACCACAAGUACCAGGUCAAUCGGAAUUAUCAAUAUGCCGAUACUGUUGCACUCCACUUUCAUCACAACAUCAAAUGCUUACUCAUGUGUCAGAAACACACAGCAAUUUCGGUCAUUCUGAUAGCGAUAUGGUAGUUUGCGCCAUUUGCGAGGAGAAAUAUGGAAAGAGCAAAUCAUUAAUUGAUCAUUUGACGUUGAUGCAUUAUCCUUCCGAGAUGCCGUAUCAGUGCGAAAGUUGUGGCUAUCGUACAUCUAGUCAUAAGGACGUUAUAGAUCAUUAUUAUAAAACCCAUGAAAAGGGUGAAGGAUUACAGUGUCCAUACUGUCUUAAAGUAAUACAAUUUGUGAACAACGGUAACCCGAACGUGUCCAACGUUUACGCUUACUUAUCACACAUGCAAAGGCACAUCGUAAGAAGAGAUCAAGGAAAAGGCAAAAAAUGUCCAAAAUGUUGUCUCUGGUUCAAUCAAAAGAGUUCCUUAACGAUACAUCAACGAGAAUUGCACGACUGUGUUAUUAAUUCAAAAGUGGUACCAUAUUCUGCCAGUAGCGAUGAUAGCAUAAUGAUUCCGAAAGUGAUACCGGAGAUAAUACAAUUUUCUGUAGAUAGUCCUCAACCUGAAUUACCACCAGAAAAAAUACAAAAAUGGAAUUCUGGACCAAUUACAGUGAACACUUCUGUUAGAUAUUUGUCCUGCCAGGAAUGUGAAGAAGAUAUUGACGAAGAAGACCAUUAUCCGGGUGAACAACGAUGUCAACAAUGUCGUUACGUUACAUGUUGUUGGCGCGCAUUUAAAGAACAUCAACAACAAAUUCAUAAUGAAAGACCGAAGACAAGUUUGAUUGUGCCAUCUCCUUUAGUUAACGUUCCACUAGACAAGAAACUGCAAUGCUCGUGCGGUUAUACGUCGAAUGAUGGCAACCGAUUAGCGAGACAUUUGAUAAAAUGUAAAAGACUAUCAGCACGUCCCGUUGAUGAAUCCACGUCAUCUGGUAUGCUCGAUAGUUUAGGAUUAAUUCCAAGAACUGUAUCAGAGGAACCUGAUGCACACGAGAAAUCCAGCCUACGCAAUUAGAUGCGACAAAAACGAAAACUAAUUGCUAUUGUGAUGAAUAACAUAUAUAUAUAUAUACAUAUAAAAUUAUACCAGAGAUAUAUAACAUAUAGCUCUUUAAUAUAAAAACAUUAUUGAAGCUUGAAUUUUUUUACAGUAUCUAAAAUUACCAUCUGAGAAACACCAAAAUGAUUUUAUAAAUCAAUGAAUGCGUAAAAUAUUAAUAACAGCAUAAUAGUAAACACAAUUUAAUGUUUAAUUUUGUUCCAAAAAUAUGGAAUGUAUUUAAAUUUAUAUCUUGUCCACUUAAAUUAAGAUAGUGUUGUUUUAUAUAUUGAUGAUAAUAAAAUUGUAUAUUAUGUCAAAUUUUAA